AUGAUUAUUGCCACAGAUACACAUCGGGCCCUCCAGGCCAUGGAGCGCUUACAGGCAAAACUUCGUGAUCGAGGUGACAUUGCCAACGAGGAGAAGCUGAGCUUGUUAAAAUCAGUGCUGCAGAGUCCUCUCUUUAAUCAAAUUCUCAAUCUUCAGACUUCUGUUCAACAACUGAGAGAUCAGGUAAAUAUUACACCUUCCAUACAUUCCACUGGCGAAUUCCCACAACUUCUUCACCAUGGUGCGAACCUGGGGUCCUUGCCGCAUGAUGAGUCAUAUUUGUUGGCUCAGCAGAAUGGCAGUCCAGCUAAUGUGCUAGAAGCAUCGAUGAGAUCCGUUACUCCUCAGAUUAAUGGGAAGUCCUCUAGUGAUGACUUUGAGCAGCUGGUCAGAAAUAUGUCUCAGGGUCGUCUUGUUGAGACCAUUGAGCUUACUAAACCUUUAAGUGGUGGUCUGGGCUUCAGUGUUGUGGGACUCAAGAGUGAAAACAGGGGUGAACUGGGAAUAUUUGUGCAAGAAAUCCAGGAAGGAAGCGUGGCACAUAGAGAUGGAAAGCUGAAGGAAGCAGAUCAAAUCCUUGCUAUUAACGGACAAGCCCUUGAUCAGACAAUUACACAUCAACAGGCUAUCAGCAUUUUACAGAAAGCAAAAGAUAAUGUCCAGCUAGUUGUGGCCAGGGGCACUUUCCCUCAGCUCAUCAGUCCUGUAGUUUCCCGGUCUCCAUCUGCUGCUAGCACAGUUUCCGCCCAUUCCAACCCGGUUCGCUGGCAGCAUGUGGAGACCAUUGAGUUGGUGAAUGAUGGCUCAGGUCUGGGAUUUGGGAUAGUGGGAGGAAAGUCAACUGGAGUCAUUGUUAAAACCAUCCUCCCAGGAGGGGUGGCUGAUCAGCAUGGGAGAUUGUGUAGCGGAGACCACAUCUUGAAAAUUGGUGAUACAGACCUAGCUGGAAUGAGCAGUGAGCAGGUGGCACAAGUUCUGAGGCAGUGUGGAAAUCGAGUGAAACUGGUAAUUGCAAGAGGUCCUAUUGAGGAGCCAUCUCCACCAGCAGUCCCUCCAGGUACGCCAGUACCCACCUCCACACCUGAGAAGCAGGCAGAUGCUUCUGUUGAUAGCUGCGAAGAUGGGGAGAAAUUUAAUGUUGAACUCACUAAAAACAACCAGGGAUUAGGAAUAACUAUUGCUGGUUACAUUGGAGACAAAACGUCAGAACCUUCUGGUAUCUUUGUGAAAAGCAUUACAAAAGGCAGUGCUGUUGAGCAUGACGGCAGAAUCCAUGUGGGAGAUCAAAUUAUAGUUGUGGAUGGAACAAAUCUUCAGGGUUUUACUAACCAGCAAGCAGUUGACGUUUUGCGGCACACAGGACAAACGGUUCGGCUCACUUUGAUCAGAAGAGGGUUUAAGCAGGAAAAUCAUAUUCAGCCCCAGGAGGACUUCAGUGCUGCUGUUGAAAAGGACUUACUGUUCCAAACAAGGGAUAGUAGCACAGCCAAAGAUAACAGUGAAACAGAACUGGGAACCCCAUCCCUGCCAUGCAGUGCCGGUGCGGCAAAUACUGGGGAGGACGUGAAACAACAGGAAAAAGAUUUCCAGCUAACUACUACAGAAGAAGGAGCUACAAAGGCAAAGUGGCAGAGAAUUAUGGGUACGAAUUAUGAAAUAGUGGUGGCUGUAGUUAACAAAUUUAGUGAAAGCAGUGGGUUAGGGAUAAGCCUUGAGGCUACAGUAGGACAUCAUUUCAUCAGAUCUGUCUUACCGGAGGGGCCAGUUGGACGAAGUGGCAAGCUGUUCAGUGGAGAUGAGCUGCUGGAAGUGAAUGAGAUAUCUUUGCUUGGAGAAAACCACAAGGAUGUGGUCAGUAUCUUGAAAGAACUGCCUAUUAAGGUGACAAUGGUGUGCUGUCGUCCGGUAGCUUCCCCCAUCACUCAUCCAGAAGUACUGGAGAGUCUAAGUCUAUCUGAGGUUCAGCUCACAGAAAAGGCUCACGUAGAACUUGGAUUCAUUGGCUCUUCUGACACAGAGGGAACAGCUUUGGAGAUAGCUGACGAGGGUCAGAGUAUGGAAGAGGUGCAAAGCUCUUCUUUGGCAAUGUGGGAAACAGAAGUACAGCACAUUGAGCUGGAGAAAGGGAGUACAGGACUUGGAUUUAGCAUAUUGGACUACCAGGAUCCUGUUGAUCCAGCAAACACUGUAAUUGUGAUUCGCUCAUUAGUUACUGGGGGAGUGGCUGAGCAAGAUGGCAGACUUCUUCCCGGAGAUCGGCUUAUGUUUGUCAACGAUAUCAACUUGGAAAAUGGCAGCCUGGAGGAAGCAGUACAAGCGCUGAAAGGAGCCCCAACAGGAACAGUUAAAAUAGGAGUUGCCAAACCACUGCCUCUUUCACCAGAGGAGGGCUAUGUCUCUGCUAAGGAAGAUUGCUUUUUCUACACUGCCCAGUCACUUGAGGAGGAGGGGCCAGCUGAUGCAGCCCUCUUCCAUGCUGAGCUGGCUCUGGUGGACUCCAGCGAGGCAGAUCUAGCGGAUGAGUCCACCUUUGAAUCGCAGUAUUCUCUAGACAGUGACGUCUUCCAGGCUUCAAUGAUAGCUCUACAUGGCAGUACCUGUAGCGGUGAGCUGAACUACACCUUCUGUCUUCCAUUGUCAACUCCUAAGUCUGUUGGAGAGGAAUGUUCAAAUGCUGCAGCCGAUUCCCAUGUAUCUAACAAGAAUCUGUACAACAUGGAUCUAAGUCAGAGAGAGCAAAAGUCUGUAGCAGGGAAUAGCCUGGAAACUGCCACUGGUGUUGCUAAAAACGAUCUUCUGCCUCUGGAUGUUUCGGAUACCAACCAAAAUGAAAGUGAAAACACGGCAACAUGGACUGGAUCUCAGAAAACAGCAGAAAUUGCACCAAGUACAGGCCUUGCUACUACCAUGCAGCUUGAUCCCACUGGAAAAGAUCAAGUGCUUUUGGUGGAGAAGAGAUGCCCAGUAGCUUUGGAGAGAAUUUCCACAAUCCCAAAUUCAGUCAAAAAUGUGUACGAGAAGACUAUCAGUAUUGCAAAAGGCAAUUCAAGUCUAGGGAUGACAGUAAGUUCCAAUAAAAACGGCUCAGGAAUGAUAGUCCGCAGCGUCAUCCAUGGAGGCUCAAUAAGCCGUGAUGGACGGAUUGGUGUGGGGGACUGCAUCCUGUCCAUUAAUGAAGAGUCAACCACUGACUUAACCAACGCACAAGCCCGGGCUAUGCUAAGGAGGCACUCGCUCAUUGGACCAGAUAUAAAUAUUACGUAUGUGCCUGCAGAAAAUUUGGACGAGUACAGGGCCAAUUUGGGACAACAGACAGAGGGAGCUGUGCCACUUGAGCUUUUUCCUUCACAUACUGUCAGGGAACUCCCAGAGCUUCCAGAACGUGAAGAGGGGGAGGGCGAAGAAAGUGAACUUCAAAAUGCAGCUUUCAGUAACUGGAACCAGCCCAGAAAGGUUGAACUCUGGAGAGAGCCUAGCAAGUCACUGGGAAUCAGCAUUGUUGGAGGACGAGGGAUGGGGAGCCGCCUGAGUAAUGGAGAAGUGAUGAGAGGGAUCUUUAUCAAGCACAUCCUGGAAGACAGCCCAGCUGGCAAAAAUGGGACGCUGAAAACCGGAGAUCGAAUCGUGGAGGUGGAUGGAAUUGAUCUCAGAGAUGCCAGCCAUGAACAAGCUGUGGAAGCCAUACGGAAGGCAGGCAAUCCUGUAGUCUUUAUGGUACAAAGCAUUAUAAGCAAACCAAGGCCAGAGUCUCUUUAUAGCCCUUCUUCAGCUUCUGCUCACUGUGGGCAGAAAACUACUAACCCCUUUUAUCGUCAAUCAUUUAAGAACCCUUCCCUGCCUUUACCACAGAACAGUCUUUUCUGUAGGCCAGCUGUCUUCAGCAGCACUAACCCGUUUGCUGAUUCUUCUCAGUUCAACACUAACAAGGUAUUUGGUCAGUCCGAUUUAGAACCAGAAAAGACUUCACUGUGUAACUUGCCUGUGCCCCCGCCUUCAGCAUUUUCAGGAAUGAGCUGUGAUGUUGCACAGUCAUCUUCUAGCAGAGCCCCAGAGGAUGGGGAAAAGGAGGAUGAGUUCGGUUACAGCUGGAAAAAGAUCAUGCAGCGCUAUGGAAGUCUGCCGGGGGAGCUACACAUGAUUGAACUGGAAAAAGGAAGGACAGGUCUGGGACUUAGUCUUGCUGGUAACAAAGACCGAUCCAGGAUGAGUGUCUUUGUAGUCGGAAUUGAUCCAAAUGGAGCAGCUGGCAAAGAUGGCAGGUUACAGAUUGCAGAUGAGUUACUAGAGAUAAAUGGGCAAAUACUCUAUGGAAGGACUCAUCAGAAUGCUUCCUCAAUAAUCAAAUGUGCACCAUCUAAAGUAAAAAUAAUCUUUAUCAGAAAUAAAGAUGCAGUACAUCACAUGGCUGUUUGCCCUGCAAAGUCGGUAGAGGCUUCACAGUGUACCUCAGGGACUCUUCCAGAGAUUGAUAUCACUGCUGCAAACUCCAGUGCUUGUUCUGACUUCAGUUCCUGUAAAAACAUUCAGUAUGUGGAACUCCCUAAGGAUCAAGGAGGCUUUGGAAUUGCCAUUAGUGAGGAAGACACAAUUCAUGGAGUAGUUAUUAAGAGUUUAACAGAUCAUGGUGCAGCAGCAAAGGAUGGACGAAUCAAAGUUGGAGAUCGGAUCCUGGCAGUGGAUGAUGAAAUUGUUGUGGGAUAUCCAGUAGAAAAGUUUAUUAAUCUGCUGAAGACAUCCAAAACUAUGGUGAAACUUACAAUCAACUCAGUGGAGACAGAUAGCCUGACUGCAGCACCAGUUCCUCCCAGUACUGCCCCAGCAGAGAGGAGGAGUAUGCAGCCACCAGCAAGUCUUCCCUCUUCCAGCUCACCAGAACCAGAAGCCAUGAAAAACACAAGCAGAUCUUCAACUCCAGCCACAUUAGUCUCUGACCCAGCUACUUGUCCCAUCAUUCCUGGAUGUGAAACAACCAUCGAUAUCUCCAAAGGGCGGACUGGUCUUGGUCUGAGCAUUGUUGGAGGAGCAGACACUUUGCUGGGAGCAAUUAUAAUCCAUGAAGUAUAUGAAGAAGGAGCAGCAUCUAAAGAUGGGAGACUGUGGGCUGGCGACCAGAUACUAGAGGUGAACGGGAUUGACCUCAGGAAUGCCACACAUGAUGAAGCGAUAAAUGUCCUCCGACAGACUCCCCAAAAAGUUCGUCUGACUGUAUACAGAGACGAGGCCCAGUACAAGGAGGAAGACAUGUAUGAUGUACUCAAUAUAGAGCUCCAAAAGAAGCCUGGAAAAGGCCUUGGGCUGAGUAUUGUUGGGAAAAGAAACGAUACAGGGGUGUUUGUGUCAGACAUCGUCAAAGGAGGAAUAGCAGAUACAGAUGGAAGAUUGAUGCAAGGAGACCAGAUACUGACAGUGAAUGGAGAAGAUGUUCGAAAUGCUAACCAGGAGGCUGUUGCAGCUUUGCUAAAGUGUUCACUAGGUAUGGUAAGACUAGAGGUCGGAAGAAUAAAAGCUGGUCCAUUCCACUCUGAGAGGAGAACAUCCCAGAGCAGCCAGGUCAGUGAAGGAAGCGGCAGUCUCUCAUCCUUCACUUUCCCAGUUUCUGGGUCCAGUGCACCUGAGGUCUCUGAAAGUGGUCUGAAGAAGAAUACCACAGCUUCUGAAAUACAGGGACUAAGAACAGUUGAAAUAAAAAAGGGCCCUGCAGAUUCACUAGGAGUGAGCAUUGCUGGAGGUGUAGGAAGUCCUCUUGGAGAUGUUCCUAUAUUUAUUGCCAUGAUGCACCCGAAUGGAGUUGCAGCUCAGACUCAGAAACUCAGAGUUGGGGACAGGAUUGUUAGCAUCUGUGGAACAUCUACGGAGGGCAUGACUCACUCCCAAGCUGUUAGUCUCUUAAAAAAUGCUUCAGGCACUAUUGAGUUGCAGGUUGUCGCUGGAGGAGAAGUGAGUGUCAUAACUGGUCAUCAGCAAGAUCCACCUACGUCCAGUCUUUCAUUUGUGGGACUAACUUCAACCAGCAUUUUUCAGGAUGAGUUGGGACCUCCUCAGUACAAGACCAUUACUCUGGAUAGAGGACCAGAUGGCCUAGGCUUUAGUAUUGUGGGUGGUUAUGGCAGCCCCCAUGGAGACUUACCUAUUUAUGUGAAGACGGUGUUUGCAAAGGGUGCAGCAGCAGAAGAUGGACGCUUGAAGAGAGGGGAUCAAAUCAUUGCUGUGAAUGGGCAGAGUUUAGAAGGGGUGACCCAUGAGGAAGCGGUUGCUAUUCUGAAAAGGACGAAAGGAACGGUCACUUUGACUGUUUUGUCAUGAACUGGCUGCCUGAAGGGGUAGGGUCAGUAAGACUAUGGUAUUUACACUCCACAUAGCAAAGAGAAUGGAAAUGUUUAUAUAGCCUUCUUGCUUUUUCAGCUUUACAGAACUGUGUUACAACACUGAAGAAUAAUAACAUUUAACCAAAUUUUUGUACACAGUAGAAGUAUUUCUCUUACCGUCAAGCCACUGGGGUGGAGUUAUGUCAGCUAUGUAAAGACAUGGAUAUUUUUCCUAUGAGUGUUACACAGAAUGCUUCUAAGUCACCAGAAAAAAAAAAAAAAAGGAACAUUUGCAUUAAUAACCACACAACAAAACUGGAAUGUUUUGCUAAGAAGCUUUGGAUAUUUGAAAUAUGUUGGAAAAAUGAUAAAGUCAACAAGGAGGUGGCAUGAGUGGCAAUAGUCAGAAAACAGAAAUAAGGUUAUUGAAGAAAGAAUUAACAAAAUAUCAAAUUCUACAAAAAGAAGAAAUAGUAUGUAGUCUGGAGGCAGAUUAUUAAUGGAUUUAGAUGGCUAUUUGUGUUAUUUCACAAUGCCCACGUAGGAGGACCUGAGUGGGUGGCUUGGGUGAGGUUUUUUUCUGCCUGUUUGUGCGUUUAAAUAUCCUAAGCCAUGGUGUAUCAAAAAAAAAAAAAAAAGAAAACUGUGUUUUAGUUUGGCUUAGGUUUGAGGGUUUAGCUUUGUUAUUUGUUUGGGGUUUUCUUUUGUUUGAGGCAGGAGUGUAUGUGUGUUUUGAAAGGAGAGGACUUGUGCUCAAGGCUGAGAAAGCCAUUUGCUAGAGGAAGCUACUCCUGGCGAAUGAGAGUGCCUAGCAACUGCAGUAUUAGAACAACUAGAUUUCUUUUAUAGUAGUAGUGGUUUUAGCCUAUAUGGAUGUGAAAGCAACCUUUCCAAUGUGAAACAUGUGUAAGGGAAUCACAGAAUCAUUAGGGUUGUAAGGGACCUCUGGAAAUCAUCCAGUCCAACCGCCCUGCCAAAGCAGGGCCACCUACAGCAGGUUACACAGGAACACGUCCAGGUGGGUUUUAAAUGUCUCCAGAGAGGGAGACUCCACAACCCCCCUGGGCAGUCUGUUCCGGGACUCUGCCACCCUCAACGUAAAGAAGUUCUUCCUCACGUUGAGGUGAAAUAUCUUGUGUUUUAGUUUGUGGCCAUUGCUCCUCAUCCUGUUGCUGGGCGCCACUGAAAAGAGUCUGGCAUCAUCCUCCUGGCACCCACCUAUGAGCUAUUUAUAUGCAUUAAUGAGAUCCCUUCUCAGUCUUCUCUUCUCUAGAAGAGAAAGUUGUCCUUUUCCAGUGCGCUUCAAGUAAGCUACUUGAAUCAGAGCCACAAACAAACCUCUGAGGACAGGUUUACUUAGCUUGUGGAUGUUGGUUAGGCCAGGAUGGAAGAAGUGGAAGAAGUUGAUGUUAUGUUGUUACGGCCAUUGUCAGUAGCAGCAGAGGUUGGGUCCUCUUUGGACUGAGGAAACCCAAAACCAGGAGUUGAGGGUAGGUAGAAGGCUGAAAAUCCCCCCUAGUGGAGGUGAGUAGUAACACAGCAGUGAAGGUCUUUCUGUGUCAGCAUUGAGCAGAAGAGGAGGUUUGAGGGCAACAAAUACUGGUUUGGGCCCUCAGAUUUAAUUUUAAAGGCUCAAAUACAAGACAGUGUCUAGUCCAUGGAGCAGUUGUUUGACCAUCAGUGUGGUCAAUAAAGCUAUGAACAUCCUCAGUUUCCUAAGUUUCCAAAGAUUUCCAAAAUAAAACUUUAUCCAAACCCUUAGCUGAUUGUAAGCUGCCUUUGCCUCUGCUCCUUUAAAUUGGCUCCUAGGAAUCUAGCAGAUAAAGCGCACUUUGCCUAUAAUUUACCUUCCUGCAGAAAAAUUUACUAAGUCUUUUGAGGGAGAUUGCUAAUUACCAGCAAUAACCUUUGUGUUAAUUAGCAAAAAAAAAAAAAAAACCUGUGGCAAGAAGGCCACUGUGUCAGUUGUCAUUUAGGAGAAAUCUGAACUGAAACUGCAGGGAAUGGUCAGGCUGUUAUUAGGGGAAGAUACAAAAGACUAGCAUUUGUUUUAGUGGGACACAAAAACAGUAUUAAGAAUGUCUGUGAAAUAGUAUUAACAGAUUGAUAGCUAUGUCUAAGUGAAUUAACUAAAUAAACCACCUUCUUUGUCUUUUUAACUAUUCCAGAAGUUACACUGUGCUAGGCUAAGAUGGAAGAAAACAGAUGGUACCAUUACUGGAUGCUGUUGUUACUGAAUUGUUUUUCUAUACUUAUUCCUUGGUUAGAGUGAGAAAUGCCUACAUUAGAGUAUGUAAAGUCACUUUAAAUAGUAUCUAUAUUUGUAACAAGUAGUGUACAGACGUUUUGUUACUGCUGUUCUGUCUAAAUGGAAGGUUUAAGUGAAUAAAUUGCGAACUGUUAUGAUGAAAAAAUAAA